ACAACAAACAACACAAAUCUUUUUCUCAUUCAUCAAAAGAAAAAACCAAAGCAAAAAAAACUCAAAACGUUUUUGAAGAUAAUGAUGAUGAUGACGAAGAUGUUUGUUCAGAUCGCUGUGGUUUGUCUAUUGGCGACGAUGGCCGUUGUGUCCGCCCACGAGGGUCACCACCACCAUGCUCCGGCUCCAGCACCAGGACCCGCAUCUAGCUCAACCGUUGUUUCGGCCACCAAUAUGUUCACCGUCUUGGCUAUUGCUGCCGUGGCUCUCGUCGUUGGUUCCAACCACUAAGUUGGUUAUUACAUUCGUCGUUUUGUUUCGGUUUCUAUGAAAUUGUUCUCUUGACUUUUAAUAUAUUUUGAAUUUUUCUCAUUUGUUUUUAACUCUCUCUAUGUUGAUCUGAUUUCUUGAAUAAAAUAAAAGUUUAUUGAACGUGUGUUUUUAAUUACGAAGAUUUGGAUUACAAAUCCGAUUCUUAGUAACCGAUGAAACCAACGUCUGUGUGUGUUUUUAGCUAGGAGAUCUUCGAAAACAAUUGUUUCCUUGUGAAAACAAUGUUUUUUAAUUUUACGAGACUAAUCUAUAAUCUGCCAAGACCACUCGAAAAGUUCAUCAACGCUUAGGUUAUUGUUUUUAAUGUGCAUGAACAAUUUUAUUAGAUAGAAGCAGCAGUAUAU